AUGAAAGUGACACAACUUCAAAAAGUAUGUUUUACAAAAGAAAUGAAAAAUAGAAUUAGAUAUUAUUUUAUUAAUCAAAGAGACGAUGCAAUUCAAAAAAAUAAACUUUUCGUCUUAUAAACAAUAUACAAAAUUCAUAAUAAAAUAGGUUUAUAAGAUACAGUGUAAUAUAUAAAUUUUAUCAAAAAUUUACUUACCAAAUCAUGAAGAUAAAUGAAUAAGAUUUUCGUAACUGAUAAUUCGAAAAUUACUAAUUUGAAUUGUCCCAUUUUUUUUCGCAAAUAUGUGCAAUAUGUUAGAAAAUAUAAAUUUUCAAAAGUCGAUAUGAAUUUUAUUAAUGUUUAAUAUUUUUUUACAUGAUUGUACGCCAAAUAUGUAAAAACCAUUUUAAAUCAAAGUAAUUUUUAGAAAAUACUACAAAUUUAAUAUUAGAAUAUUAUUUAUAUCUAAUAUUACAAUAAUAUCUAUUUCUAAGAAUCGUUAAUUAAAAAUUAACAUUCAAUAAUCCAUUGAAAACAGUAACGAUUGGUUUAUUUAUUAAAAAGUAAAAGUUACAUGAUGUCUUAAUAUAUGUAUAUAUCUUAUGAAAUAUUCUAUAUAUAUAUAUAUAAAUACACUAUAUAAAUAUUUGUAUAGCACGUGCAUAUUUUGGAUAUUUAUAAUUUUAUGAAAACGAAAUUGUUUUAAAAUUGUCAAAUAAGAGAAAUAUAUUUGUUAUUAUUAGGAGAACUGUUCUAUAGAUUCUACGAGAACUGUUCUAUAUAUCUACGUACGUAUGUACGUAUACUUGCGUCUUAAUUUAAAAUGUACAAUCUUCUAAAUGCUUGUACUUAGAUAUUUUGGGCGCGUCUUAAAUCGAACUGUGCUAUGAACAAAGCGUCAGUAAUCUAGUUAAAUGUUUAAGUGUUAUAUCUACUUCGUGCAGUAAUCGUGACUAUAAAAAAAAAAAACAAGAAUUCUUGGACAGAAAUAAAAUAAUUCUUAAUGGUUUCACAUUAUCAACGUUGGAAUUAUUGAAUUCCUUGUCAAAGUUGAGAAAAACAAACCAUAUGAUGUUGAAAGAAUAUAUGUAAUUUACAACAGAUAUUCUAGAUAAAUAUACUCUCUUAAUGUUUUUGAAUUUCUUUUUCCUUCGAUCUUAUUUCACUUUCCUUUAUUUCUAUCAAUAUAUACAAUAAUAUUAUAUAUGGUAUAAACUUAAAUAUAUUUUAUUUAAUAAUUUGAACAUUUAAACGUGUUAAAAUUAUUCUUUUUAUAUUUGCCGCUUUCAAAAUGUAUUUUUUAUAAUAAUAUGUAUACAUUAUAAUUAAUAUAUAUGUUAUUAAUAUUGUAUCAGAAAGUUUUUAAUUUACAGAAUUAAAUAUUAUGUUAAAUAUACUUAAUUGUAAACUUGUUUUCAUUGCAUAUAUAUCACAUAUGCUUUCUAAUUUCAUUUAAUUCAAAUUUUUUUAAAUCCACCUGUAUUAUUUAGUAGAAUUCGCAUUAAUACAAUUUAUAUUAAAAUAAAUAUCAUUUUAUUUUCGUGAAUAAUAAUAUAUUUGCAUGUGUUUUAAGUUUUCCUAUAUAAAUUUAGUAAUUACAUAGUAUCUGCAUAAAUAAAACUGAAAGAAAUAAAUUCUAAUGUAUUUAUUCUAUUAACUUUACAUCUUUUCUUGCUGAUAAAUUAGAAGUGAAUAUCUACUGUACUAUGUUUAAAUUGAUAUCAAAUAAAAUUGCUUACAAUGUUUUAAAAUAAUUAAUAGUACUGAAUAAUUAAAUAACAUUAAUAAUUAAAAAAAACAAUUGACGUUAAAUUGAUAGAGUUUUUCUAAGUUCAUUUCUCUUGAUGAAAUAAAAAUAUAAUUAUUAUAUCUUUAAUUAUAUCUUACUUAAAAUUGUAGUAUAUAAAAUUAUAUAAUUAGUAAAAUUGACCUGUCUUCGUACGCUAUAUCAAAUCACAUAUCAUAAUUCAAUAAUGCAUAAAAUUUAAUAUAAAUUUUAAUUUAGUUUUUAAGUUUAUAUUUAGUUAUAUCUAGUUUUUAGUUUUAAGUUUUAAAUUCAGAAUUUCAAUACUAUAUUACAAAUAUAUAGACUUAGAAAAGUAUGGAUUCAGAAAAUGUGCAACGCUAAUUUAUAUAAUUAUUAAAUAAAUCAUAAUAUAAUUUCUGUCUGUUAUAUUCAGAGAAAAAUUUUUUCAUAUGAAAAAUUAAAGAAAUAUAUUCUUGUUUUAAAAUAAUUUAUUCAUCAAAAUACCUUCAUAUUUUAUGAAACUUUCUUUCAAUUUAAUUUAACAGCUUAUAAACAUUGUCUUUAUAAAAAUCUUGACACUUCUUUUAGAUUAUUUUCAUUAUUAAACUUGUUUCUCAUGCCGCGUUUUAACGAACUGCAAUUAGAUUGUACAGAAGUUGUUUGGACCAGCGAAAACUGUUCUACGCGGUUCGAUAAGCGAUGGAAACUUUUUUUAGAUUUUUAUAUUUCUUGGACUAACAGGAUACUAAUAAGUCCUUUAUCCUUGUUAAUUAAGGAUAGAUAUGGGAUUUGGCGUUCUGAAAUAUCUUAA